AGAGUUGAUUUGAGAUCUUUGAUAAAUUGCCGCAAUCGCAAGAAUCAAAACAAUUAUUACACAAGAAAGUACAUCAAUUUAUAAAAAUUACGCAACGAUUCAUCUGUUGUUUUGUGUCUAGAGUACUUUUACAUCAAUCCAAAACGUGCAACUGUACUAAUCCCCAAUAUGUUAGCGUCUAGAAAACUUACGUUAACAUCUAAGAAACCCCAAGAUCAACGCCUGAAAUUUGUGCCUAGAAAGCCAGUAAAGGGUUGUUAUUGUUCCGAGGCGAUCAAGAAGCAUGCAAAAUCAUCGAGAAUGCGGCAUAAACCAGCAUUGCCCUGCCAUUGCCAAAGUGAACUAGAAAUCAAACCUGUCGAAAAAAUUGGCGACACAGCAGCAUCAACUUCACCGAUCAGCUGUGAGACGCUUCGAAGAGUUCAGAAAAUCGACUACGCGCCCAGAUCUCAAUUCCUUCGCAAUGUGCAAAGCAAGAUCUAUGAGUUACACACUGCAGAUAAGGAAAACUCUUUGUGUCCGCGAUCAUCCAGUUACCAUCGAUUUAUGACAAACGCGAGGAUCCAAGAUACCGUCACUGAUCAAAGAACGGCAAUGUCGAGUGAAUGCGUUGGGAGGCAAAAAUCGCCAACGGCGCCUGCAAAUUCAUUGGUGAGCGAACAAAACGGGUUCGAUGAUAUCACCUGUGCAUCGAGUAAAAGAACUCAAGUGUCUCCGCGAAAGUUGUCAAAGUCAACAUUACGAAAGACUAUCAGAUCCAGGAGACAUAUACCAGAGUCAAGCGAAAGACCCGCGUCAAAAUCACUGAUGCGAGGUAAACGAACAGCGCGAUUACAUAAGCAAGAUUGUUCUUGUUGCUGCAAAAGUGAACUGGAGAGGAAGACUGCGAAGCUGCGCGGUGAUAAACGUGCAGAGAGUGAUUUACUGGAAUAUUGUGAACGAUGUUUAAGGCACUACGAUGAUCUUGCAGUCGAUGAUUCCAUGGAUCGGGAAGUAGAGAACCUGAAAAAGUACCGAGAACAAAACUAUUUUGAAACUCAUGGCUCAAGCCACACUUUAACAUCAUCCAAAUCAUCAGGAUCGUUACAACAAUAUCUGCUGAACGAGCGAUUGUUUCCGGAGCCGGUAGGCAAAAUUCACAGACAGGAUCUAGUGGUGACGAUGCCGUUGUGCGCAACAACGCAAAGGAAGCGCGUUCAUUACUUUCCCAGAUACAUAGUGCGACAAGAAAAAAGUACCUGCAAUACCAAUUACAGACGUAAACGAUGCCAAAGCUGUCCUCUCACCGGACACGCCAUUGAUCUCGGAAUUCUGAAAGCUAGACCGCCGUUAAAUAGCCUAGCACUCAAGUACCAGAAAAGAGCUUUUUAACUGAAGUAUAUUCUCAAACUUUAAUUUUUAUUAUAAACUUUAGGAUCCAUAUAGAACAACAUAGGCUUCUUUUAUCUCAAAGAUUUAGUAAUGAAAAUUUCAACACUGAUCAUGU